AUGAGUGAGGCUGAGGUUGUCGAGCUCCUCAAGGAAGGAAAGGAGCUAGGCAUGGGGACCUACGGAACCGCUUACAAGGUCGUCCACAAGGGAGAGGUAGCCGUCCUAAAGGUGGCCAAUUCCCGCCUGUGGAGUGUGAAAGCGGCUUUCAGAAAGGAAGCUAAGGUUCUUCAGGCCCUCAAUGGCACAGGAGGUGCUCCUCUGCUGUUUGGCACCUGUAGCAAACCAGCAGCUAUCCUCAUGGAGUAUUGCCUUGGCGAAGAAUUCUUCUCCUUUAUAAACGACUCUAAGAACUCUCCUUCCCUCGCUUUGGGAAUCCUUCCGGACAUUGCGAGGAAGCUGCACCAGAUCCACAUGGCAGGUUACGUCCACGUGGAUUUGAAGACGGAUAAUGUCAUGGUCCACGUCCCAGAAGGCAAGGGCAAGAAACAGGUGAAGCCCAGGAUAAUCGACUUCGGAUUAGCUGUGGAAAGGAGAAAGGAAAUCGAGCUAUAUCCGAAUUUGUCAGAUUCCAUCUACCCGCCUGAGUACACGGAAGGUGCGCCGGCGCAGCCCUCUGGAGACGUAUAUUCCAUGGGAUGUCUUAUUGAGGAUACAAUCUACGCUUUCUCCGAUCACAUCCCAGAGCACUACCAGGAAAUUAUAAAAAUGGCAAAGAACGAGAACCCGAGACUUCGCCCAACGGUGCCCAAGUUAGUGAAGCUGUUGGAAGCAGCAAGGAAGAAGUCCGACCUUCAAUAG